UCAUUUAUAAUUGCGCUCGUCUAAUUUCUUCCGUUCCUUGAAUGAGAGCGGAAUCGUCGUUGGAUUUGGAAUUUCUUCAGCCAUGGCUUAUGUCGAAAAAGGUGUUGUGAAAUCAAAGCGGUCAAUAUGGAGGCUCAGCACGAUAAUUGAUUUCUUUAAGGCCAUUGUGAACUUCAUCUCGGUCUUCUUUGUUACUAUGUUCUCGAUGGACAGAACAAAUGAGUUCAAGAAAAAAUCUGGAAAGAAAUGGGAUGGUGGCCCAGGCGGUGGAGGUCCCUACGGUGGAGGCGGAGGUGGUGGACCUCGCGGACCACGUACCAUGGCCGACCUCCGGUCGAAUGACCACAGUUCACUUCCUGCGUGCGGUUCCUGCUGCGGUGGCUAAGAACUAAUGAAGCUGUAUAGUAAAUCCUUUGUUGCUACUUUGAAGAUGUGUCUAUGCUUUUUAUCUCCUUGUGAUUCACGCACGCCUUUCGUGUAUUUGUGAACGCUUUUAUUUGUGAGGCCAACUACAUCAAAUUUUAAUAUGAUUAUGUAAUGGUUCAUCCUGGAAGCUGUACACUUUUGUAUAUGUUUUCAUGCCACAUACACUUAGAGGUAUCAUAUGUGCAAUUGCAGAUUGAUUUC